AUGGCAUUUCGUCGACCGCGAAUAAAUGUCAAACCAAAUGUGAAUCGUGCUAAUCCUCCUACUAGUCAAUCAAAAAUUACAUCUUCUUUAUCAUCCGACUAUAAUGAGAACAAUAGUAACGAAGCUAGCUCAUUGCCACCAUCAAAUAAUUUAGAUGUUGAUGAUCAAUUACAUCAGAAAAUAAUAGCAGAUCCAUUAGUCAAAACAUCAUCUGACGUAAUUACCGCUCUUUCCACUUCAAUUUCACAAGAAAGUGAUCUGUUACCUCCUCCUACUCUUCCAUCAUUAACAAUUCAAGAAAUUCCAUUAUUGUCAGUUAACGGAGAGUCAUCCGAACCACCACUACCACUACCACCACCGCCACCAUCAUUACAUCAACAUCCACUCAUACGCCGAAAAGUUGCUCCAAAUAUAAAAUCCUCUAUCCAUCACCGACCACAGUCGGCAAGUUGCUCAGGAACAGAAAGCGAAACUGAAUUGAGUAAAACAUCGACUGCUAAAAACUACAACAAACCAAUAUUGUUACCUUCGUCUACUACAGUCAGUGAAAUAAAAAAUGAAUUACGUGACAAACACGAUCAAUUAGACGAACAGCCAAAACAGAGGCAACAAGAUGUGAAUGUGAUUUUGAAAGAGGAUGUGGCAUCAGUACCUAAUGUGGAACAAGAAAAAGAUGUUGAUUCAAUUAUUACUACGUCAAAUGAAUUGAAAAUUAGUCGAGAAUAUCUUCAACAGUAUAUUACAUAUCGUGCACAACGUCAGGCAGCAAAAUUAGAACCGGAUAUGGUACGUUUUUUUAGUGAUGCUCGAACAAAUUCAGAUUUUGUAUUUAUUGUUUCAUUAAAGACCAUACGUAAACGCCGUGCAGCUGCCAUGGAAAAAUUUGCUGAUAAAGGACAAGUUGACACAACAAAAUUAAAACUAGCUGACUUUGUUCAUUAUAAUCCGUCAGACAAUCCAAUGCCUAAAAAAGCAAAGACGUCAGAAGCCGAUGAUGAUACAGCAACAGAACAAAAUACUAUAUUAACUCGCAAAGAAAGUAUAGCUAGAGACGCAACGGAACAUUCGUCUGCUCCACAGUUAAAAUUAGAUGCUAAUGGUGCUUUAAUAGUUGAUGAGGAAAGUUUAUAUAUUCGAAAUACGUUUGAUGAUAUUAUUCCAAGAAAAACAAUUGUUCUUGAAGGACGUUUUAACGACGAUAAUUUAACUCAUCAGAGCUACAGAAAAGUUGGAAGACGGAAACGUUGGAAUGCAAAAGACACCUUACGAUUUUAUCAAGCAUUGAAAAUGUGUGGUACUGAUUUUACGCUAAUAUCUCGAGUAUUUCCAAAUCGCACUCGUGAUGAUAUAAGACGAAAAUUUAAAACAGAAGACAAAGCAAAUCGAACAUUAAUUGAUUCCGCCUUACGUCAACGAACCCACUUUGAUUUAACGUGUUUUUUCUCUCCAUCCGAAGAAUCAUCAGAUACAAUAAAACAAAAGCGACGUCCUAAAAAACCAAAGGAGAAAAGUGUAGAAUUUAUUGAAGAUGAAAACGACGAUUCCCUUGAUGUAGCGAAUACCAUUGAAGUAACAACAACAACAGAAUACCCAACAACAAUGUGUAAUUUGAAUAAUCAGACAAAACAGAUUAACACGACGAUCGAAUCAAAAGUGGAGCAACACUCACAUUCAACGACAGAAGAAGAGCAGGAAGACUCAUCAAAUCUUGUCGACACUUGUAAUAUAUCCAAUAUGAAUGAAUUAGUAAAUAUACUGGAAAAUAUUGAUGGCAGUCAUUUACUAUUUGUACAUGCAACAGACGAAACAACUGGAUUAGAUAGAAUAGACAUUCAUGUUGUUGUACCUGAUCAGUCGACCGACAUAGACAAUGAAAGACAAACACCACUCAUCUCAUCAGACUCUUGA